UAAGGUUGAAAAAAUGUAUCUAUUCCACCAAAAGGCACAUUGAAGGAGACAAAGUUGACUGUAAACUCGAGCCUCUCAUUGAACAAAGAUAGGAACCAAAGCCCCCAAGAUCCCUUGCAGGCCAUGACCCUGAGCUUUCAUGGCUACUAAACUUGUUCAACCACCACUUCUAGCUUACCAGGCGGCGGUGCCACCGUUCCACACGCUCACAACCUUCGUUAAAACUCACAGAUUCAUCUCAGCCACACAUCCAUGGCCUAAAAAUACAGCUCUUAGAUCCAUUUUCACCGCCAAAGUUGCAGAACAAACUUCUGGCUUAGCUGAAGAUGACAAAGAGACUCCACAACAAAAAAUUACUCUUGCCCACCUCAAAGCUGACCUUUUUCAACAAGUUCAAGGAAUCAAUAGAGGAAUUUUCGGAGUGCCAUCCGGGAAAAAAUCUGAGAUUGAGAGGCUUGUUGAGCUGCUGGAGUCUCGGAAUCCAACUCCAGAUCCUACACUGAAUCUAGAAAAGGUUAGUGGAUGUUGGAAGCUUAUUUACAGCACAAUAACAAUCUUGGGUUCCAAAAGAACAAAACUUGGCUUGAGAGAUUUCAUCACUUUGGGAGACUUUUUCCAGAUCAUUGAUGUUUCUAAGGGUAACGCAGUUAAUGUGAUCAAGUUCAAUGUGAGGGGACUAAAUUUGUUGAAUGGACAGCUGACUAUCGAAGCUUCCUUCAAGAUUGCAUCAAAAUCAAGAGUAGACAUAAAUUACAAUAACUCAACGAUUACUCCAGACCAGUUGAUGAACUUGUUUAGGAAAAAUUAUGAUAUUCUGCUUGGCAUCUUCGAUCCAGAUGGUUGGCUAGAGAUCUCAUAUGUUGAUGAUACACUGAGAAUAGGGAGAGAUGACAAAGGCAAUAUUUUCAUAUUAGAAAGAUCAGAAGAAAGCAUGGCUAAGUGAAGAAUUUGUUGCUAUAAAUUUCCCAUAAAAUUUCACUAUUUCCUUUUUAAAAUUCAGUUGGAAAUUAUUUUCAAGUGAUGAAAACAGAAAAUUUUGUAGGGUGCAUAUGACAUAGCACCAGCUAUCGAGGUCCCAAUUCUUGUUCUGAUCUUUCGAGUAGAUACUUUUUGUAGGCUAGAAUUCUUGUUCUAGAAGAAUAUCUAGCCAAUGCCUCUUCUGGGUAUAAGUGGCAACUCAGUUGAAUCUCUUGAUACUUUUUGUUCCA